ACACACACACACACACACAAAAGUACUAACAAGCGGAUACGAGAAGCCCAUCUAAAAGUCAUGGCGUCUGUUUCUUCACUACAUCGUUUGCUCCUGCGACCUUCCAAUUUCAUCUGCCACUACACAGCUUUAUCCAAUAACAAAGCUCCACCAACUACAAAUUCAAACUCUACUUUCUAUGUUCUUGGUUCAGUUUCUCCAGCCACCAAACAUAAUGUAUUAUGUUGCAAGAACAGUGAGCAGCAUCAAGAACAAAGUUUUGAGGUUGAAGAACUAUGUGGAGCUAAAAGAAGAGAAGUUGUACUUCAGUUGACAAUUGCUGCAUUUUCUUUUCCAGCAAUCAUUUCAAGUGCAAAAGCAUUUGCUGAGAACGAUGUACCUGAGAAUUUUCGUGUUUAUACCGACGAUGUGAACAAAUUCAAGAUUCUGAUUCCACAAGAUUGGCAAGUAGGUGCUGGGGAACCUAAUGGAUUUAAAUCGAUAACGGCUUUCUACCCAGAAGAUUCUUCUAAUUCAAAUGUCAGCGUUGUAAUAACGGGGGUUGGACCUGAUUUUACAAGGAUGGAAUCGUUAGGCAAAGUCGAUGCUUUUGCUGAGACACUGGUUAAUGGAUUGGAUAGAAGCUGGCAAAGGCCCCCAGGUGUGGCUGCGAAGCUCAUAGACUGUAGAUCCAGUAAAGGAAUCUAUUACAUUGAGUAUUCACUACAAAAUCCUGGUGAAAGUCGCAGACAUUUGUUUACAGCAAUUGGGAUGGCAUCCAACGGCUGGUAUAACAGACUAUACACCGUGACAGGCCAGUUCAUUGAUGAAGAAUCAGAUAAAUACAGUUCCAAAAUUGAGAAGGCGAUAGCAUCCUUCGGGUUCAUUUGAAAAGAUUUUGGCAAGUGGAAUGUAAAAGUUUUGGCUUUCAAUUUUCAAGUUCUGUCUCACUAGCUUUGAAUAUCAAACAUUUUACACGGAAUUUUAAUUUAUUUUUUUUAGGUUGGUCAUUCUGAAUGAUAUUUAGUUACUAAAUUCACUGCAUUCAAUCCAGAAGUUAACCAGCACACAGAUUGCUAAAUUUAUGCAAGUUCUGAACAGAUUUAUAUAGAUGAGAUGAGAAUCUUGAGAUU